AUGUCCCCCGCCGCCAACACUCUCCAUCACAACUGCGGGCCUCGCAACGCGAAGGGCUUUUCCGACGAGUGGCUGCAGCUUGAGAAGCAGCUCGGCUUUUGCCCAGCCGUCAACUUCGAGGACACCGUCGAGCAACAAGAUCACCACCAGAGACACCACCGUCCCCAGAAAAAUGGCCAACUCAUGCCCGUCCGCACCUAUAAGCCAAAUUAUGGGCCGUCGUCACCAUCGUCACCGUCGUCGCCAGUGCCUUCUCGUCCGUCUGGCCGCCCCUACGCCGUCUAUAUCCACGGCGAUGAAUGGACCCUGGAAAGCAUCCAGGCCAACGACCUCUUCGCACGCAUGAUUGUUCGCGACGCCGGCCAUGUCGUCGUCAGCAUUGACUACCACCGCGUACCCGAGCACAUCCACCGGACGGCCAGUGACGACUGCCUGGUCGUCUUCCAGUGGACCGUGGCGCAUGUGGGCGACCUUGGCGUGGAUUCCGCGAAAAUCUAUGUGAGGGAAGCGCAAGUUAGCAAGCCGGCGAUCGGGCAACGUUGCGUGAACGCUCUAUUGUCCUCUCUUUUACGCAUGUUCAUCGUUAUGCGGACAGCAAAACGCUCGUAUUGCGACAUGUUCGAAUCAGUGACUUUUCACGUCAAAGGUUUUGUCAUAUUUGGUUCUCCGAGUUGUCACUUCUCCCUCACAUGUCAAUAA